AUGGAGCAGCAACUGAUUGGCUCACCGGCGCGAAACCGGGCAUCUCCUGAAGAUACUGACAAAGAUGUACCCGCCAACAAUGGAGCGCUCCAAGACGUCGUCUCACCCUCACCAUGCGACCAGUCGCCGGCGGCAAAGCGAAAACUGACUCCGGCAGAAGCCGUCCUAGCCGGGGAGAUUCUGUUCCCCGAUCAAGAAGAGCCGUGGUACGAACGCAGCAUCAGCUUGCCUCGACAUUUCGAAGGACCAUCAGGGGCGCCAACAUACGUCGAAGUCGAUGACCUAUCCGUGCCGGUGUUCACGUACAUGGUGUACGGCCUCUUCAGUGGAUUCCUCAUCGUGCUCAUCCUUAUCGCAAUCGUCGCGUACAUCAUCUCUUUCGCGUCACCAAAGAGUCCGGCAUAUCAACCUCUUGUGUUGUGCUACUACGAUCCGACCAUGAGCACCAGCUUCUCGCCACCAUUUACGCGGUCUAGCCUCUGCAUCGAGUGCUGCUCCUAUCUGAUCUACGACGGCCUCGAAGUAGACGCCCAAGGUAUUAUCAAGGAAAGAACCAGCAGGGGCCCCGCACCGGGUGAGUGA